AAAGCGCACCUUGCGUUUCUUGUUAUCUCCUCUAAUUAUGAGUCAUAGUAUAACCAUCUACUUAGUGACGUGCGUAUAAAGCCAAUCCAUUAACACAAAGUCUUGGUAAAAAAGUAAAUGAUGCAAUCUCUUCUUGUAUUUGUCAUAUCAGUUGCAUCAAUAAAAACACUGCAUGGAAGCAAUGGAGUUAUGUAUCCAUCGUCAUUGUCAACGCUUAAUGAAGUUCCCAAUUGUCCUAGAAAUCAACAUGAUUGGGAAAAAGCUGCAGCCAGAAAGGAUUGCAACCAAAUUAGUAAAAGUGACAACAAGCCCUUUGUUUAUCACUGUUUAAUAAAUGAAUGGGCAAAUGCUACAGUUGAAGUAUGUGCUCCAACAUGGUUUGUCUCAGGAUUCUGUGCAAUGUACAGUUCUUCCGAUGCAAGAGUUAUUGACAACUUUAACUACGACUGCACCCAUUACACCCCUCCUUGUCCACAACGAUACAUUUCAUCAGAGGCUUACAAAUAUGGCGUUUGCUAUGACAUUGCGCGACCUACUACAACACAAUUCACAACACAAAUCAACGUUACACAAAAGAGCUUAACAGAAAGGUAAUGGCUUCUGCUGAAAAAUAUUUGUUUGUUUACUUGUUGUUUUAUGUCAUUCUUGAGAAUUCUCCACUCAUAUGGA